CACUUCUUUUGAAAAUAUUUGCCCCAUUUUUUGAAUUAGGGUUUCGGUUCUUCUUCCCUGCUUUAAACCCUACUAUCGCCGAUCCCCUUCUUACUAGCCGUUGUUCUGUCUUUCCCGCCAUAUUUAUCCUUCAUCUGGGCCCCUCACCUUCUCCAUUUCAAAUACGAGCCGUUUGAUCGGCUUUCCUUCGCUCUUUUCCUUUUCGCGUGUGUAUGUGUGUCUAAGUUUUGAACUUUGUUUAGCCUGGAAAUGUCGUCGAACGAAGCAGAGAAUAAGGUGGAGGAUGAAGGGGGAGAGAAGAGAGGAGGAGAGCUCUUGUUUUGUGGCUCCACGAGUUGGGACAUCGUUGGCCGCCGUAAAGGUCCAGUGGAAGGUAACUUGGUCUCUCCCACUCGACUCCGCCCUCUCAUUGGCAUCAAUAUCCGGUUCGUUGCCUCUGGUUGCGUGUCAUGUCAUUGCGUUGCAUUGGAUGUUGAGGGGCGAUGCUACACAUGGGGUCGUAAUGAGAAAGGGCAACUGGGUCAUGGAGAUAGAAUCCAGCGUGAUAGGCCAACUGUUGUUUCGGAACUCUUAAAGUAUAAAAUAAUCAAAGCGGGAGGGGGGAGGAGUCACACGGUGGUAGUUACUGAAGAUGGUAAUUCCCUGGCAUUUGGCUGGAAUAAGCAUGGGCAGCUCGGUUCAGGUUCCAUAAAAAAUGAAGUUGAGUCAUCUCCCGUACGUUGUCUUGUGUCUCAAGUUACAAAUGUUGCCUGCGGAGCUGAAUUCAGUGCGUGGUUAUCAUCCGCUGAAGGAGCUUCUAUACUAACUGCAGGUCUUCCCCAAUAUGGCCAGCUUGGUCAUGGGACAGACAAUGAGUAUAAUGCUAAGGAUAGCUCAGUGAGGCUUGUUUAUGAAGCCCAACCACGCCCUAGAGCUAUAGCCACUCUUUCUGGAGAAACUAUUGUCAAAGCUGCGUGUGGGGCAAACCAUACAGUUGCUGUGGAUACAAAUGGCUAUGUUUACACGUGGGGCUUUGGUGGUUAUGGAAGGCUUGGGCACAGAGAGCAGAAGGAUGAGUGGGUUCCUCGUCGUGUUGAAGUAUUCCAGAGGCACAAUGUUCUUCCUCCCAAUGCAAUUGUUUCAGCUGGUUCUGUAAAUUCAGCGUGUACUGCAGGUGGUGGGCAAUUGUAUAUGUGGGGCAAAAUAAAGAAUACUGGUGAUGACUGGAUGUAUCCCAAACCUCUCAUGGAUUUAAGUGGCUGGAAUUUGCGUUGCAUGGAUUCUGGCAAUAUGCACCAUUUUGUUGGUGCAGACUCUUCCUGCAUAAGUUGGGGCCAUGCUCAGUAUGGAGAGUUGGGAUAUGGUCCUGCCGGACAAAAGUCUUCAGCUGUUCCGAAAAAGGUAGACAUUCUGGAGGGCAUGCAUGUUAUCAGUGUUGCCUGUGGUAUGGGCCAUUCAAUGGCCGUUGUUGAUAGAACAAAUGUUGGUGACAGGCUUGACCAGCUGGACAUUCAUGAUGGCAAAGAUUCCGGCGAAGCAGCAAUGGAGGUACCAGAUACCGAAACUUCAGCUCCUAAGCAAAACAAAAAGGGUGCUAAUAAAACUCCAACUUCCUCAAAGAAGAGGAAGAAGGCGAAGGAUGCAUCUGACACAGAGGAAGAAGAGGAUAGUGAUAUCGAGAGUGACGGCAGUGAAGGACACAUCAAUGGUGAGGUUUCUGGCAAAGGCCGAGGUAAGGGUACGAAGAAGUCCACAUCAGGUGGAAAAGGUAAAGGGCGUGGACGCCCUGCUUCAAACAAAAGUUCGCAAUCCUCUCAAGGAAAAAAUGGUAAGAGGGGACGGUCGCAGAAGGCCUAAAAGUGUUGUUAUAUUCCAGUCCCACUGGAAAUUUUGUUCUCUCAUUGUGGAGAAGUGUACUUU